AGGAAGGGGAGGAGGCGGGGCCUGGCCGUUCCGCCGCAGAGCAAAGGGGCAAAUCUGGAAGAGCGAGGCGGACGGUGGCCGCGCGAGGACACACCGCGCAGGAAGCGUUGCCGCGAGGUUUUCCUCCCUUUUAGUAUGCAUCAUGUCCAGAAUGGGAGCCUUACGUGUGGGACUUGGUGUGGUCUUGGGAGCAGCUGCAGGAAUAGGUCUAUUCUACUACUUCUACAAACAAAAGAGAAAAAAACCCUGGCAUAAAGGAGAACCCAGACCUCAAGAUUUACAGAGUCAGAACAAUGCACUAGACCCUCAGGAACAUAUAGAAAUUAUGCAGCCUCAUAAUCAGGUUCCGUUGAUGAGAACAGGACCAGUAGAGGGUGGUGAUAAUAUACUAUAUACAUCUCUUCUAACACGUGAAGAACAAGCUGAAGUGCUGAACCGUUUGGACUUUCUGCUUAGAAGCCUUAUAGAUUUGCGAAAUGAAGUGGAAGAGCUACGGAAUAGCCUGCAGGGUUUAGCAGGAGAGAUUAUUGGAGAAGUCAGGUCCCAUCUAGAAGACAGCCAAAAGGUUAUUCGGCGAAGACGUUUUCCAUAUCCCAGAGAAAGAAGUGAUUCUACAGGAUCUAGCUCUAUAUAUUUCACAACGAGCUCAGGAACAGUCAAUACAGAUGAUGGGGAAAGUGAAGGAGGGUACACCACAGCUAACGCAGAGUCUGAUUAUGAUCGGGAGUCAGAGAAAGAGAGUGAGGAAGGAGAUGAUGAAAUCAGUUGUGAAACAGUGAGGAUGGCAAAAAGGGAUUCCCUGGACCUUGUCAAUGAGGAUGAUACCACCUUGACCAUGGACUCUGCUGCACAAGAGGAACUUGGUCAGUUACUACAACAAGCAGAUCACUUGCACCAGGGGAAUGACCAGGAGAAGAGAGAAGGAUUCCAACUGCUGCUUAACAAUAAACUAGUGUAUGGAGACAAGCAAGAUUUUGUUUGGCGUCUGGCCCGAGCAUAUAGUGAUAUGUGUGAAAUCACAGAAGAUGCAGAUGAGAAGAAAUCCUAUGCAUCUGAUGGCAAAGAAGAGGCGGAAACAGCUCUGCAGAUGGGAGAUCAAAGUGCUGAGUGUCACCAGUGGUAUGCUGUUCUGUGUGGUCAGUUCUCAGAGCAUGAAAGUAUACAAAAACGCAUUCAAGCAGGGCAUGAUUUCAAGAAACAUGUGGACAAAGCAAUCGCUCUGAAACCAAAUGACCCCAAAUCUUACUAUCUUCUCGGUCGAUGGUGUUACCAGGUCUCUCACCUGGGAUGGCUGGAAAGGAAAACUGCUUCUGCUUUGUAUGAAGAGCCCCCUACAGCCACUGUCCAAGAUGCACUGCAGAACUUCUUAAAGGCUGAAGAGCUGAACUCAGGUUUUUCAAAGAUGGGAAGAGUAUACAUUACCAAGUGCUACAAGGAGAUGGGGGAUAAUUCUGCCGCUGCUCAUUGGCUGAGUUUGGCUUCAGAGCUGCCAGUUAUUACCAAAGAGGAUGCAGAAGGCAACAGAGAAAUAGAAGAGAUGCAAAUAGUUUCAGAAGACUAAGCAAGUUUAAAGUUCCCAUCCAUGCAACAGUUAUGUAUGAGCAAGGCAAAAGAUUUCACAAUCAUGAUUAGCCUCACUGGACCUCUUAAACAAGCCUAAGAAAACAAAAAUGAAAACCAAACUGCUGUUUUAGCAGUUUUUUUCUGAAAGAUUUCAGCUGGCAAUACUAUCACAAUUGAAGAAAAGUAGUUCAGCUCUCCUCCCUCGCUAAAUUAGAUAGUCUGGUUAAGUCCCAAGUUGAUGGGCAUUUCUUCAUACUUACUUUGAAGUCUUGAUGUUCACCAGCCAUUUUAAUCAUUUCAAGAUGUAUUAAUUUCACCCUUCCUGUAAUGAUGUUGAAUCAAUAUGCCAUUUCAUAUGUUGAUUCUCUUUCAUAAAGUGUAAGUAACCUGGUGCUCCAGGGGACCAAGGACGCAGCCAAAUUAAAACUUCACUGUUAGACUGGAAUGAAAAACCCCUGUUCACCUCAGCCUGGUUCAUUGGAGAACAGGAUUCAAGUAUCCAUUUGAAUCCCAUUGGCUGAUGGUUCCACCUCUCUCCCAGCCAAGACUGUCUCCUGGGAGAGAGGAAACCAGUGGGUAGCCAUGAGGAGGCCACCGCUACACGCUUCCACUAAAUGGCUACGUGGUAAGUUGCACAACCAUGUUAUUCUUAGAAAAUAAGGGCCAUAUUUAAUCUAAAUCCUUUUGCCAUACUAGGCACUAAUAUGGAAGAAUUAUGCAGAGGCUAGGUGCAUAUUAAUCCUUGUAUAUUUCCUCUAUGGGGCAAAUAACAGCUUAUUUAGGAGAGGGUAUUGUUAAGACGACAAUGUGGGGAGGGGAGGGGAAGGCUUAUUCCUCUUCAUCUAGACAUCAUAGCCCCAGUUCAGAUUUCUCCUGUCACUGCUUUAAUUUAGAAGAAAGACCCACCACCACAAGACAUCUUGCAGGUAGAGCCCCCAUCCUGAAUCCAGUGGGAAUUUGGAAGUCACAGUAACAAGUUGUGUUCUAUAGAUCCAGUGGUUUUAUUCUAAUUGAGACUCAAAACAAGGUCCUAAAUUCAAUUCUGUCUAACUGAAUACACAAGUUAAAUUGAGAGAUGAUUUCCCCCCACUAAAUUGAUUCUCCCCACUCUUUGUUUAAAUACUACAUUUAAACUGUUAGCUGCUGUAUGUACACAACCAUGUGUAUAAUGGCUUGGAUAUUUGUGGUCAAUUUAUGGGUUAAAGUGGAGAAACUUUACAUGUUAGAUAACCAUUCACUGACUAUUUUUCUUUAAAGACAGUGGAGCACUGUUGCUUUGAAUUUUGCUUGUGGUUAACAUCCAAGUGUAAAUUAAUAGCAUGACAUUAAGAAUGCAGUUCCAAUAAGCUAUUACUAAAAACUAAAUAUAAAAACUAAAGCUCCAAUUGACCCCAUAGAAAUUUAUCUUAAAAUAUUUGGAUCUAAAGCACAAACAUAACUAACUCCUUUGGGACUUUAUUGCUUCUUGACCAUGCUGUGAAGGUAUUCAGCAUGAGCAGAAGAGCCAAAAUCAAGGAGCAUUUGUCACAAAAACAUCAACAGUAAUGUUUGGGGACAAAAUCACCUGUUUUCAGUUUCUAAACAUAUUUUGAAAGGAAAAGUAACACCACCAGAAGAGACAACUAAAAUCAAUUGAAGUUUAAGAGAUUUUUAAAAAGAAGAACUUCUUGUCUCUGCUGGGUUUGGCUUUAUAAAGCAACAUGUGUUGUUCUUGUUUUUUAAAAAAGUUGUCACUGAAAUGCAUUCCUUCUCUUCAAUCUGGUACAGAAUCCAGUUUGACAUUAUAUUAACUGCCCUGGCUCAGUGCUGUGGAAUUCUGGGAACUGUAGUUUUGUGAGACAUUAAGCUGCCUCUAUUAGAGAGCUCAGAAUUCCAGAACUUUGGGCCACAGCAGUUAAAGUGGUGUGAAACUGGGUUACUUCUUCUGUGUGGAUGCAGCCAUUGUAGCUGAGGUAUUAUAAUAAACUUUAAUAUACACUUAUAAAAUAAGAUUAGAAAAAACUUAAGUUAUAAGAAGUUUAUGAUCCAUUCUUUUAAAUACAACAUUAUACUAGGAUUGCUUUUUCUAACAUUCCAAUAAUCAUUAUGGAGCAGGGAACAAUAAUUUUCAUCCAGAUAUUUUCUUCUUUCACAUUUCUGUCCAAAAUAUUUGAAAUAUUUCACUUUGGCCUGAAUAUAUUUCCGAGCAAACAAACCAAAAAAACACGUUUUUAAAAGUUUAGAGUUCACCAUUAUACCUUUAAUUGCACUAGUGUUAAAGCACCAAAAUCAGAACUUUGAAUAGAUGGCAAUACUUUCUUCUUAUAUGACACGAUCCUGCUUUAUCCAAAAGCAACAGCAAGUACAUUUCUAUACCGCUUACCAAUGUACUAAGCAGUUUACAAAGUGUAAGCUAAUUGUUCCCAACAAGCUGGGUACUCAUUUUAGCGACCUUGGAAGAAUGCCAGGCUGAGUCUACCAUUGCUCCUGGCUGGUAUUGAACUCACAACCUUGUGGUUUGUGAGUGAGUGGCUGCAGUACGGAAAGCGGAACGAAAGCAAAGUGGGCAAAGUGCACACAAUACACUGUCAAGCUGUGCCACUGAUUGAUUUUUUUUUGUUGCUUCCUCACCAUACAUACACAUUGUUAUGAUCUCCAAGUACCUCCCAUAUCUGCCGAGAUGCCAUUCUAUUGCAUAGCUGCCCCUUUGAUAGGUCACACAGUCACACAUGUGAUGCUCUGCUGUCCAGGACAUUAAUACAUCACUGUGUGAUUGAUACAUUGACAAAGUACAAUCCUGUUGGUUCCCCAUACACACUCCCUUCAACCCCCUUCACCCAUACCCCCCUGUUUUUGUAUGUUGUAUGUUGUAAUUAAAUCCAUUGGAGUUGUUGCACUUUAAUUUUUUUGCACUCAGAUCAGGGCAUUUAUAUGCAGGUGCAUAGAUGCACAUUUUUGGGGCUAAGCUGGCGUAUCCACGCUUCUUUUUGCUCUGGUUUUUAGCCCCAGAGCUGGCUUCAUUUUCCACCUGCUUUGGAGGCAUGCAUCAUAUGAAUGCCAUGCCUUCAAAGCAGCUGGAAGAUGUUUUAUUUUGCCCAUCUCUUUCACCCCUCAGUUCAUUAUGUAGCCAGAAGAAUUGACCAAAAAGUGUGUGUUCUAAAAGUUCCCUCCCUUAAUACAACUUGAAGUGAGCAUUACCUCCUAUUUAAAGGUUUAUAUAAACUUACUAUUGCUUAUUAAUCCUUAAGUCCUUUAAUAAGUCCUCCCAGCCCUGAUGGACCAUGAUCCAAAAUAGGUCUGUCUGCCAGUGCAACUGUCAGUGGAAUUGGAUGAUCUUCCAUACUCCUUGAAGACCAUCCACCAAAACAAAACCCAAAAUGUUCUGGAGGACUGUGAAACAGCACAUAGUUGUUGCUGGACAGUUGCAAGGGCUGCAGAGGGUAAAGGAGGAAUGUCUUGUACUUUCACUGCAUUAUGAGUGCAGCAUUGAAUUUAAGCCUUAAAAUCACAAACCACAAGCUUAAUUCCUCACAUAAAGCCUACUGCACAGCCUACAUACUUGCUUCAACAAUACUGAUGCAAGAGGAGGUUCAUGCUGGAUCAUGUCCUACUGUCCAUAGUCUAUGUGUCAUAUUAUAGCAAGGUUUGUAGCAUUUUCAGUUUGAAGUCUUGGAAAAUCAAAUUGUGGCACCUUUCAGGUAGAAAUAAACUGUUAUUGCUGCCCUUGUUUAACCCUAGUAUUUAGUAUUUAGCAGAAUAUACCAGUUUUUACCCAAAAUAAUUCAUAACCAGAUCCAAGGUCCUAUUUAUGAAGUUAAAAAAACAAUAACUGACUAGCUUAACAAUAGCUUUCUAUCUGUAAAUCUUAAAUAAUUUUAAAAUACAUAAUUUUAAAAAUAGAGAAUAUAAUCUUGCCAGUUUCACCAUUUGCAGUUUAUUUUCUCUUUUGUAAGGUGUGUGAGACAGAAAAAACGGGAGGGGGAUGCUGAACAUUUCAUUUAGAUGUCCCUUUUCUGUUCUAAAACAAAAUGUACAUGUGGAUAUUUGAUACUUGGAUUGGAUGAGCAUUUGACUGUUCCAGGUGUGAAGAUGCAUUUAUGCACACACAGGUCUAUGAUUUUUGUCAAUUUUAGCCUUGGGGUUUUUAUAAGUAUGCCUUGCAAAGGACCCUGUUAUUCUGACUCAGUGGUUCCCACCCCCCACCCCACCCAAAUAAAUAUCUGCUGGAGAUCUUUACAAAUCAUUUUUAAAAACAUUUCAGCUCUAGAUUCACUGUCAAAAUCAGUACUGUACUGUUAUAAUCACAGCACCAACUGCUGAGAAAGCCCCUUUUGAUUGGCUCAUGUUUAAAGAAUAAACCUAAUAUGGCACCGGCACAGCUUCAUGUAAAAUUCACAGGUCUCAUGUCAGGGCUUGUAAACCUGUUUGAUAAUCCAGCCCUUGUCAAAAGAACUGCAAACCUCAGGUUGAUUUUAUAAAAAAUUAAGUCAAUUACAAAUAUUCUCCAUUAUUCCACAGCCUUCCCAUGGACCACCUGAAUUAAGUUCAUGGACAGUGCUUGGGAAAAUGAUAUUUUUACUGCAGCUCUUAGAACAAUCUAGUCAGUAGCUAUGCUGAUGCAGAGUCUGGAAGUUUUAAUCUGAAGAUGUAAUUUUUUCAGGAUCUCAUGGACCUCAGCAGUAUACAGAUAUCAGUUUGAGAACCACUGAACUAACUCCAUGUAUGCAUAUAUCUGAAAGCUAAAAACAUGUUCAAUCACUGCACUAUCUGGACCAAAUUUUGACUUUUCAUGGUAGGCAGCAUCAUUUGUUAGCAAACCUCUCUUUCCUCCAGUGAUCAAGAAAACUGACAGGCUGCUCCCUCUUUGAGAUCAGUUUUGGCUCAAGGGAACAGAAAUUUAAUUUUACCAAAGUUCAGUGUCUUUAUGUGAUAUGCAAAGAGAGCUGACUAACUUAAUAGGUGUUGACCAAACUGUUUUCUGUAGGUGUUAGUUUAAAAAAACAAAAGCUUUAAAAGCAUUUAAAAGAAAUUGAUAAUUUGUAACUAAGGCUGAAAUCCUAUCCCCACUUAUCUGUGGGGAAGUCUUAUUGAACUGACUUAUUUUCUGAAUAGAUAUAGAUUGUGCUGCAGAUACACUUUUUUCUGCCAUAUCUUAACAUUCCAUGUGAAUUCUUAUUGAUGAGAACGUAGAAUGGCACAGUAUUUUCGGUCAGUCAUUUAGAGACCAGUUGUUCAAAGUUUGUUCCCCAUGUGUGAUAUUCUGAAACUCUAUUGAGAAAUCUUUUUUAAAAAACCAACUGUGGACCUAUUUCUAAUUGUGUAGUGUGGGUAGAUGUUUGAAUCAAGCAUUGUUAAUCUAAUCAUGGUUUAGCAAAUAAAGCUAGCUAACAUGGCACUGAGGAUAUAAAACUGAGAUAAUUCAAUAACUUAACAUAAAUGUUAAGGGCGAGGAUGGGCAGCUAAUGAUCCCCUGGCUCUAUUAUAUUUAGUUAUUUUUUGAGAAAUUACAACAUUCCUACUUUCACCCCACCACCACCAUCUAUGAGUGAAUGGCUAUAAGGGUGCUACAUGGGGCUUUCUGAGGUGGAAGAAAAAGCCUUGGGAUGGUUGGCAAGCUGUUCAUUGCUUGUCCUGAAUUUAGAGAACCAAAGAGAAGUUUUCCUUGGAAAUAACCCUGCUUUGUUCUGAAGGAUUCUUAUCCAAAAUAAUGUUAUAAUUAAUGCCACAGCAUACUGGGCUGAAAACUCAAAAUAUUCUGAAAUUGGUUUAAAUGACUAAAGUGAUAUAAGCUUGAAUAAAGUAGAUAGUAAACCAUUAAGAAAGUAGUCUUGGAGCAAGACAUUUUUGGGAAGAGGUUGAUUGGAGCCUCAGGUGAAAAUAAGGUGAGUGAGUAUGUAUGUAGUUUGGUUGUACAAGUUUUGCUGACUAACUGUGAAUUAAGGUAAAAAAAGAUUUUAUGAAUGCACUGAAGCCCUCUGAGGGUAGACUACUAGGCACUGAAAGUCAUAUGGGUGAGUGGUAGUUGGGAAAAGGCAUAUCAUGUUAUUAAUGUGGAAAUACUGAUUUUCAAUAUCUGAUAUGGGGAACAAAAGAUUAUUCUAUUUCCCUAAAAAUGCUUUGAUUGUGUAUUUUGGUUGUUUUUAAAACCAAACUAAUAUAAGAAUUGUAAUACUGCGUAAGUGUUCACAACUUGAUUUAUUUGAAAUAAAAGUGAAAACACUGUCCAAUGUAAGAGUUAAACAUUAAAAGACCUUACAUUCUUUGGCUAUGA